AUGUCUUCUCAAAAAGUAGUUAGUGUCGGAAUUGAUUUAGGAACUACUUGUUGUUACGUUGCUUGUGUUGAAGAAGGUGGUGGACCAAAAAUACUUUUAAAUAAUGGUGAGGACUAUAUACCUUCAUGGAUUUCUCUUUCACAUGUUGUGAAGGGCUCAGGUGUUGUUGUAGGAAAAUCAGCAAAGAAUGACUUUAACUCUCAUUGUGUUGGGUAUGACUCUAAAAGAUUAGUUGGUAGAAAGGUUGAUGAGAUUAAGGAUUGGGAAAGGAGCUUAUGGUCUUUUGACGUUGUUGAGAAGUAUGGAAUGUCAGCACUUUCAAUUUAUAAUCCAUUAACCCAAGAGAAUGAGGUCUUUGUUGCUGAAGAAGUUUCUUGUUUUCUAGUAAGGGCAUUAAUAGAUGUUGUAAAAGGAACUAAGUCCAACCCAAUAAUAGAUAGAGUUGUUGUUACUGUACCUGUUAAUUUCAAUGACAGUCAACGACUUGCUACUGAAAGGGCAGUUAGGUUAGCUGGAGUUAAAGAAGUUAGUAUCUUAAAUGAACCUUCUGCAACUAUUAUUGCCUAUCAGAACGAGUUUCAAAUUAAAGAAGGAGAAAAGGUUAUUGUUAUAGAUUUUGGGGGAGGGACAUUAGAUGUGUGUUGUUGUUUUAUUGAAAAACAUGGUAUCAAAGUUUUGUCUAAUGGUGGAAAUCAGAAUUUAGGGGGUAAUGAUUUUGAUAAAGUUAUUUCAGAUAUUAUUAAACAAAAAGCGAUCGAUUUUGGUGUAGUUGAAGAUUAUUAUUGGGAGAAAACUGAAAAAGAUACAAAAGAAGAAAUAAAUAAAAAAAGUAAGAGAUUAACUCGUCUUAAAAAAGAAUCUGAAAGAGUUAAGAUUGAAUUAUCAAAACAAGGCAGCGUUAGUAUAAACUUAGAAAAUUUAAUAGAUAACGACAUAUUAAAUGAUGAUGAAAUAGUACCUGAUAUUAGUAUCAGUCAAGAAGAAUUUCAAGAGGGAUGUAAUGAAGUAAGUAUAAUGGAUGAUUUUACUAAUUGUGUUCUAGAUGUUUUGAGACGAGCAGGACUUAAUGAAAAAACAGUUGAUUUGGUUAUUCCUGUUGGUGGAAGUUGUUUAGUUCCAUGCGUCAGAGAUAGGAUAUCAAAAAUGUUCAGCUCAAAAAAAAUGGCAGAAUGCAAAUUUGAUCGCAGAACAUCUGUAGCCAAAGGAGCAGCACUUGAAGCUUCAAAGAAUACUCAAAUAAAAAUUUUUAAUUUAUACGAAACUGUCCCAUUUGAUAUUGGAUUUGAAGUAUCAGGAAAGAGAUUAGAUACUUUUAUCAAAGCUGGAGAUAAGCUUCCUCAUUCGUCAAUAAAGAAGUUUCUUCCAGAGAAAAAAAACCAAACAUAUGCAGUUUAUUCAAUUUACAGAGGGACUUCCUCUUAUAUAGAAAAUGAUGAGUUUGUCGAGUCUGUAACGAUUAAAGGAAUACCAGGAGAGAUAUCAAAUAGAUAUGAAAUGACAGUUAAAUGUAAAGUUGAUGGGAAUGGAAUAGUAGAAAUUGAAAUAUAUCAUGAUGGAAAAGAAGAGAGAAUAGGAGAGAUAAGAGUUGAAAUGGAUUUAAAAAAGUAUGAGAAAUACUUUGAAGAAAUGAAGAGACAUAUAGAGAUAUUCUAUCGGUAA